AUGAAGUUGAAUCUGGCCACAGGCCUCAUCUUCUUCUUGGCUUCCACUGAGGCAGUAGCUGCUUCGAGCUGGUGGAGCAAGGCUGUGUACAAUAAAUGGCACGAGACAGAGCUAGAGAGAUGGCUGUCUGAUCACGAUAUCCCCCACCCCAGCCCUGCCGACCGCCGGGACCUAGAAAACUUGGUCAAGACCAACUGGGACACAAAGGUGCAGAAGCCCCUGGGGCACAUUGCCGACCAAGCCAAUGACCAGAUCCAUCAUGCCAAGGAGUGGAUCUUUGAUACCUGGUCUGACACCCAGUUGAAAGCCUUCCUGGAUCGCCACGGCAUCCCAGCCCCCCAGCCUCGCAAGCGCGAUGUACUGAUCAAAACCGCACGCGAGAGUUACGAGAACAUCGCCACCAAGGUCGGCGAGGCGGCUUCUUACCCCGGAGACUGGGUAUAUGAGAACUGGUCGGAUUCCGAUCUCAAGGCGUGGCUGGACGAGCGUGGAUGGCCUGCUCCUCAGCCUUCCACUCGUGAUAAGCUGAUUGCGUCGGUGCGCCGAAACUCCCGCAUUGUCAGCUUGCAGGCCCGCAGUAUUGCGGCAUCUGCAUCAGCUGAGGCUGAGGCCGCCAAGGAGUCUUUGAGUGAGGAACUUUUCAAUGCCUGGUCUGAUUCCAAGCUGAAGGAAUUCCUCGACGAACAUGACGUCAAGGUGCCUCAAGGCUCCAAGCGCAAUGAACUCAUUGCCCUGGCUCGCAAGCACCGCUACAAUCUUUCUAACCAGGCUUCUAGUGCGGCUGGCGCAGCACAGGAUGCGUUUGGUGCCGCUACUACCAAGGCUGGAAACCAGUAUGCUCGCGCUACCGAUGAUGCUAAGCUCAAGGCGGCGGAUGGUUUCGAGACUGCUUUGAACGGCUGGUCUGACUCUCGCCUGAAGGCUUUCCUUGAUGCUCGCAGUGUUCCCAUUCCACAGAAUGGAAAGCGUGAUCAACUGAUCGCACUGGUUCGCGCCAAUGCCCACAAGGCUGCUGGUGGAUGGAACCAGUAUAACUUCGAUACCUGGGACAAGGAGCACCUAGUCAAAUACCUGUCUGCAAUGAACAACAAGGCAGCCAAGAAGCUCGACGCCUCGCGCGAAGAGCUCAUUAAAAACGCCGAAGAUUCAUACGCCAAGGCGUCCAAGGCUGGUGGCGAACAGUACGCAUCCGCAACUGCCUCUCUCGCUCAAGCAACUGGUUCCGCAAAGGACGCCACCUUCGAUCAAUGGUCGCAGUCAGAACUCAAGAGAUACCUUGACAACUACGGCAUCCCUACCUACCAAGGUUCCAGCAUCAACGAGCUCCGCGCUGCCGCUCGCCGCAACGCCCAGUACUUCAAGUACGGCACCACCAACCCGCAAGACACCAUCUACGCCCGAAUUGUGGAUACCUUGCACUGGGCUGUCGAGCAGCUCAAGGUUGGUGCUGCUAGCGGACGGGCCCAGGGCUCCGAUGCUGCCGAGAAGGUCCAGGACAAGGUCUCAGAGAAAACCGAGAGACUGCGUGGUGAACUGUGA